AUGCCAGCACCGCUUUUGAGUUUACCACCGCCUCUACCGCCUCCAGCACCACCACCAGCACCACCACUACAACAGCAACAGCAACAGCAACAGCAACAGCAAGAAGAAGAAGAAUAUGAAGAAGAAAAGGAGGAGGAAGACGAAGAAGCAGAACAUUCAACUCCAAAGUAUUCGGUAAAUUCAGUGGUUUCAACGUCAAGAUCAGAUAGCCCAGAUACACAUGAAGAUCGAGUGAGUACGAACACUGAAAAAAGCAAUGAUGAAUUUCCAGUACAUCUUGGGAAUGGGAGUGAUGUUGAGGGUAGACCCGAGGAGGAGAACAUUGCAAAAGGGAAGGAAGGGAAGAAGACAUGUCGAUUCUAUAAAUAUCCAGCCAAGAGAAGAGCGUACGGAGUUUGA